AUGAGUAGAGCUUCAAAAGGUUUAUCAACAAUUAUAAAUUCAGUCAGAAGUAAAGCUGAUCCAAUUCUUUUAUUUGGAGUUGGUAAUUAUGAAAGUAUUACAAGUCGUAAUAGUAUAGGUAUUAAAGCAAUCAAUCAAUUUGCAGGUCAAAUUGGUUUAAAAUGGAUUGAUUUCCCAGAUAGUUGUUCAAAGGUUUCAUAUUCACCAGAUAAUAAUUUAUUAUUAGUUAAAUGUGAUACAUACUUGGCAAAAGAUAAUUUCGAAGUUUUAAAACGUCUUUUAAUUUUAAUGCCAAAUAUAAGAAGUGAUACUUUCUGUGCAAUCCAUUAUGAACAUCUCUUUAAAUUAGGUAUUGUUGAAAGUGUAUUUGGUGGUAGAACUAGACAUAAUGAAGCUUUACUUGGUAUCUCUUCAGUAUUCCAAACUGAAAAUUAUCAUCGUGUUCCAAUUGGUAUUGCACAUCCAGUUGAUGAUAUUUCAUUUAAAACAAAUCCAUAUACAAUGCAUAGUGUUUAUCAAGAUACUACUAGACCAUUUGUAGUUAAUAGAUUCCCAGAUAUUCAAAUGGAAAUGGUUGAUAAAGUUGUCGUCCCACAAGCAGCUAAAGAAAUCAUGAAUUCCAUUUCAACCAUCAAAAAACAUAUUGCUAGAAAGAAUGAAAGUGAAGAACAUGAUAUGUCUUCAUUUAAAUCUCCAAGAAUUAAUUUUGAUAAUAUGGAAACAAUUCAAUAUUAG